UUGGCGUGUUUUAUGGGCGUGACUUUGGUUGAUAUGACCCGCCCCUCUUCCACAAAACACAGCAGCUAAGGCUUUUAGCAGCUCUGUGGUCAUUUUAUAAUAAACAGUGCUCUGGUUAUAUCUGCGUAUGAUAUCAGCGCCUGAAGCCGGACGGAAGGACAUGGGCCACGAAGGAAACGCAUGAGAGAAUGAUCUGAAGAGCUGAACUGUUCCAGGGCACUUUUUGAGUUGUCUGAUUUGAGGAGUGAGUCGUUCCAGCAUGGAGGCCUCCACUAUUUUGCCUGUACUGAAGAAGAAGUUGGCGUUUUUGUCAGGAGGGAAAGACCGGCGCAGCGGCCUGAUCCUGACCAUCCCGCUAUGCACAGAGCAGACGAGCAUGGAGGAGCUCAGCUCCACGCUGGACUACCUGCUCAGCAUCCCCAGUGAGAAGUGUAAAGCACGAGGUUUCACAGUCAUCGUGGACGGGCGGAGGUCUCAGUGGAACGUGGUGAAGACGGUCGUUCUGAUGCUGCAGAACGUGAUCCCAGCCGAGGUGUCCUUAGUGUGUGUGGUGAAACCAGAUGAAUUCUGGGAUAAGAAGGUCACCCAUUUCUGCUUCUGGAAGGAGAAGGACAGGCUUGGCUUUGAGGUGAUCCUGGUCUCGGCUAAUAAGCUCACACGCUACAUCGAGCCUUGCCAGCUGACUGAUGAGUUUGGAGGGAGUCUGCAGUAUGACCACAUGGACUGGCUCAACAAGAGGCUGGUGUUUGAAAAAUUCACCAAGGAGUCCACGUCCCUGUUGGACGAGCUCGCCAUCAUUAAUGAAAACGAAAAGACCAGUCAGCCAGAUAAGUCCAGGCCUUCAGAGUGUAACGUCCUGCCAUCGUUUGACCCAGAAACUGUCCUCCAAACCGGUCAUGAGUUGCUGUCGGAGCUGCAGCAGAGGAGGUUUAAUGGCUCAGAGGGCGGAGGUGGUGGUGGUGGAGGUGGAGGAGGAACGGCCUGGUCUCCGAUGGACGAUGAGCUCCUGGCUCAACCGCAGGUCAUGAAGCUGCUCGACUCUCUGCGCGAGCAGUACACAAAGUACCAGGAAGUGUGUCGCCAGCGCAGCCGCCGCUCGCAGCUCGACCAGAUCCACACCAAGGUCAUGCAGGUGGUGAACUGGCUGGAGGGUCCUGGCACAGAGCAGCUCCGCACUCAGUGGGGAAUCGGAGACUCGAUCCGGGCGUCACAGGCCCUACAGCUCAAACACGAGGAGAUUGAGAGCCAGCACAGCGAGUGGUUUGCUGUGUACGUGGAGCUGAAUCAGCAGAUGGCGGCGCUGUUGAGCGCAGGCGACGAGGAGGACCUGCUGGAGCUGAAGAAUCUGCAGCAGCAGCUGAGUGACGUGUGUUACAGGCAGGCCAGCCAGCUGGAGUUCAGACAGAACAUCCUGCACUCGGCCCACGAGUUCCACAGCACAGCACAGGAUCUCUCUCAGCAGCUGGACGGUCUGCUGGGCAUGCUCUGUGCAGACGUCGCCCCUGCCGACGGAGCUGCCAUUCAGCAAACGCUCAAACAUCUGGAGGAGAAACUGAAGAGUGUCGAGGGAGCUCUGCAGGGCCUGAGGGAGAAGGGGCAGGUGCUGCUGGACCAGAUUUCUAACCAGACUUCCUGGUUCUAUGGGAAAGACAUGCAGAUCGAGAAUAAGGAGAACAUCGACCACAUCCACAGCGUCAUGGAGGACAUGCAGCUGCGCAAGCAGAGGUGCGAGGACAUGGUGGAUGUGAGGCGGCUGAAGAUGCUGCAGAUGGUCCAGCUUUUCAAAUGUGAAGAGGAUGCUUCACAGGCUGUCGAGUGGCUCACUGAGCUGCUGGACGCCCUGCUGAAGACCCACAUCAGGCUGGGAGACGACACACAGGAAACCAAAGUCCUUCUGGAGAAACACAGGAAGUUUGUGGAUGUUGCACAGAGUACAUACGAUUACGGGAGGCAGCUGCUGCAGGCCACCGUGGUGCUGUGCCAGUCUCUGCGCUGUGCCACACGCUCCUCAGGCGACACACUACCCCGACUGAACCGCGUGUGGAAGCAGUUCACCAUCACCGCCGACGAGCGUCAGCACCGCCUGGAGACAGCCAGAGACUUCCAUGCUGCUGCUGAGAGGGUUCUGAGAGACGGCUCGGACCAGGCCGGGUUGCUGGAUGUGGAAGCGUUUGAGGAAGUGGAGACGGUGGGGAAGACUCUACUGGACCGCCUCACUGUGCCAGUCAUCUUUCCUGAUGGGAGCGAGCAGUUUUUUGGCAGCCCCAGCGACAUGGCUUCCUCAGCUGAGAAUAUCCGCGACAAGAUGAAGCUCGUGGAGGACAAGAGGCUGCAGGAAGAAUCGGCGAGACAUCUCGAGGAGGAAACUGCUCCGGAGGAAGGGCCUGAGGAGAGUUAAUGUAUUCUCUAAUCACCUCGCAGGCCACUUUGUCCUAAUAUGCCUUUCCAAGCCAUGUUAACCUCCCAGGAUCAGUUAAAGGUAGUACACAUGUAGACUCCUGUCGCAUUGCUUACAUCUCUCUCUCUAUAUAGCAGAAUGCUAAAAAAAACAAAAAAACAAAACAAAAAACAAAGCUUUAUCUGAUGCCUCACCUCUGGAGGGGCGACCUGAGCUUUUAUUGGUGCUACUAAAGUCUAUAGAAUGUACAGAAACUACCAUCUCUCUGCUCCGUGUGUGUACAUGGUGCUGUAGAUGUUUAAGAAGUAAACAAUGUAUUUUUUAUUUUUUUUUUGUUGCUUUCCAUAUCCAAAAUAUCAUUGUUUUAUUUUACUUUCUGUUCCCACAUGAUAAAGGUCUUUGAUUCAGGCAUAUUCUGCCUAAGGUACAGUUUCAUUAUCUGAUAGCUGUGUGCGGGGGGAGAGAAAGAAGAUCGGCGUGUGUUUGUCCGAUGUACAGUCAUGGGAGAAAACAACAUGCCUUUAAUCAUGGACAUGAUGGUGAUUGUACAGCAUUUUGCUUUCUCUAUGAAAAGGAACACAAAAAACAGGGCUUUGUCAAGAUAUGUAAAGAAAAAAAAAAAUGCGGGUUGGAAAAACGGUUCCAUGAAUAAAAUGUGAAACCAAAAUAAUGUUUCAUCUCAUAAUUGUCUAAUGUGUAUGCUGCUUGCGUAUCGAGGCUUAUCAUAAAAUUAAGUCCAUAUUUAUUGUUUUUUAAACGUGCCAUUUAAAACUGUAUAAUGCUUUCGCCAGUUUUUUAAAAGUUUUUUAAUUAUGACUAGGAAUUUUAUGAAAAUCUGGGUCAUAUGGAAAUAAAUGAAGCAAAAAAUUA